UCUCGUGAGCUCCUCCUCCGGCAGCGCGAGGAAGCUGCUAGAGCCCCGCCACACGUUCGCGCACACUCUCCGGCGACAACAAGUCUCUCCUGCUCCCCUCAGCUCUUAUCCGACACAUUUGGAUCCUCUUGAACGUGACGUGCAGCUGUCAGGCUUGAGGAUGGAUGAGUUACAGGAUGUGCAGUUGACCGAGAUCAAACCCCUCUUGACAGACAAGAAUGGACAGAACUUCCAGGACUUUGAUUGUCAGGAGCAUGACAUCGAGACUCCUCGCGGUGUCCUUCAUGUGACUUUGAGAGGGACUCCUAAAGGCAACAGACCGGUCAUUCUCACCUAUCAUGACAUUGGACUCAACCAUAAGUCCUGUUUCAACACACUGUUUAACUUCGAGGACAUGCAGGAGAUCACCCAGCACUUUGCUGUGGUCCAUGUUGAUGCUCCAGGCCAGCAAGAAUCUGCCCCUCCUUUCCCCACCGGAUACCAGUACCCAACCAUGGAUGAUCUUGCCGAGAUGCUGCCCUCAGUUCUGACGCAGCUAAAAAUCAACAGUGUGAUUGGUAUCGGUGUGGGUGCAGGAGCAUAUAUCCUCACUAGGCUGGCUCUGAAUGAGCCUGCUCUGGUGGAGGGGUUGGUUCUCAUCAAUGUGGACCCCUGUGCUAAGGGCUGGAUUGACUGGGCUGCCUCUAAGUUAUCUGGAUGGACCAGCAGUCUGGUAGAUAUCAUUAUGGCACACCACUUCAGCACGGACGAGCUGACAGAGAACCAGGAGAUCAUUCAAACAUAUCGUCUGCACAUCGCUCAAGACAUCAGUCAGGACAACCUGACUCUCUUCUGCCAAUCCUACAACAGUCGGCGAGAUCUGGAGAUUGAGAGGCCCGUCCUGGGAAUAAAUGAAGACACAGUCACACUGAAGUGUCCUGCCUUGUUGAUCGUUGGUGACACGUCACCAGCGGUAGAGGCUGUGGUUGAAUGCAACUCAAGGCUAAAUCCAACCAAGACUACUUUACUCAAGAUGGCAGAUUGUGGUGGACUUCCUCAAGUUGUCCAACCGGGUAAACUCGCGGAGGCUUUCAAGUACUUUGUCCAGGGAAUGGGCUACAGUAAGUAUCUGUCCUCUUUCUGUCUUCUCAUAGGCCACUUUAAUGUUAAGUGUUUAAUCGUAUCAUCUUCCUCAUAGUUAUAUUAACCUUCACUGUUUGUAUGGAUUUGGUCUCUUGUUGGCAUUUUUGUCUGAAAGCAUCUUGUUGUUAGAGAGAUGUCCGCAUCAUGUCACCUUGGCCAACAUCUUACAUACUGUACGUCUCCAGUGGUUUAAUAAUGUAUGUCAUAAAUACUCACACAACUCAAAA